AUUCAAUUUUUCAUGUGAGAAUCAACUACCUGCAGUGACGUAUGGUACAAGGGUGUCUCUGCAUUAGGAAAGGGAUAUUACGAUUAAGUUGAACGAACGUGGAACGUUCAGAGACUUAUAUUCUAGAAUUGACAUCUUUACGUGGAAUAAUUUAAGAUAGAAAAAUGUCUCAAAUGAAAGUUCUGUAUAAUACAAUUUUUAAAAGAUCUUCUACCUUCACCGUAGCCAUUUUGGUGGGCGCUUUUCUGUUUGAGCGAACAUUGGAGAUAACGACUACAAAAGCGUUUGAAUCAAUUAACAAGGGGAAACUAUGGAAAGAUAUUAAACACAAAUAUGAAUAGAUAAACAAUGCGAGUCAUUCAUUAUUAGUUAAAUAGAAUCCACGAUCAAAAAUAAGAAUGGUCUAUCCAAUUUAAUAUCAUUAUUCAGCAAUGAAAGAAAUUCAAAUCCUACUUCUGUAAAUAUCAAUUUUCAUUAAAUACAUAAUAUAGAUUUAUGGUAGCAAAGAGACGUUAAGAGAAGAAAUU